CAGCAAAUUCAUUUUGGGUAUAAAAAUUUUCACGGAAAAAUGGUUUUCGCCACAAAAGCAAGGCUAAAAAUUCUGAAUCAUGAAAAGUUGCGCAUCUGUCGUCGACCCAGUAUCUUUGCCUGGAUACUCCUUGGAGUGUCAGUUUUCAUCUUCAUUGGAAUCGCGCGUCGCCUAACCGACAACGUUUUCACUUUGAUGGCGUCAAUUUUUGGCGGAAUAAUGUUUGGACUCGAUACACUCGGUGACUGGGAAGAUUUUGUGUUGGAUAAGAAGGAAAACCGAGCAACAUUCACGCGGUGUAAUUGGAGCGAUAAGUUAGUCUGCUGGGGAGCAGCUGAAAGACCAACGGUCGUCAUGAAACUCAGCGAAAUCCGUCACGUCGGAGUUUCCAUAAAUUUGGGGCUAUUCAUCCUCCAGAGAAAUGGAAAGACCACUUCUCUGUCUACGAAUGGGCUAACGCGUGAAGAGAUUCAAAAUCUGCGCCAUGAAGUCCAUCAUUUUCUUAAUUUAGCCAGAAUGGAAUAUCUUGAUAAGCUACCCGCAGAUCUCAACGAUCGUCUAAUCAUUCCAUCCGACUCUGAGGAUGAAGCUCCUGGAUCAAUUUCUCAGGUCAAAUGUGGCAGUGCCUUUGUUCAAAAUGCAGAAAACCCCAAACCGGGUAAAGAAGCAGUAAGCAAUUUUGUAAUAGAUUCAAAGACUGAAUAGAAUAAGUGCAAACUCUAUCGUUGGAUGGUAUUCAGGUAAAACCAAUAAAUGCAACGCUUAAAGCUGACCUAUCUUAAAAUCA